AUGCCCCCUCCACCUCCGCCGCCGCCGCCGAUGCCUGCGAUGGGCGGCCCUCCUCCGCCUCCCCCGCCGCCAGGAGGUCCUCCUGGAGCUGGCAAUCUACCUUCGAGACCACCACCAGGAGGCAGAGGCGCUCUACUCUCCGACAUCACGAAAGGCAAGGCUCUCAAGAAAGCCGUUACGAACGAUAGAUCUGCGCCGGUAGUUGGGGGUUCGUCUGGUGGCGUUUCCUCCGGAGGACCGCCUCUAGGAGGUGCGCCUCCGGUCCCAGGCUUUGGUGGUGCCCCUAAACCUCCCGGUGGCCUCGCUCCUCCGGUGCCCGGAAAUCGAGCUAGAAGCAAUAGCGACCAGAGCGGGCGAGAAAGCGCGCCUGCACCGCCCACACAGGCAGCACCACAAUUAGGGGGACUCUUUGCGGGAGGCAUGCCGAAGCUGCGGAAGACUCGUGGCGCCGUUGAUACCGGUGCUUCUAUGGACUCGUCAUAUCUGUCGGAUCCCGAGAGCAAUGUGCGGUCGUCCUCUGCGCCGAAGCCACCCACAUUCGGAGCACCAAAACCUCCUGGCGGUGCGGCGCCGGCCCCGCCGGGAAGGCCGCCUUUACCUCCUCCCAACGCCGCACCGGCCCUGCCACCAUCCAUUGCCAACUUGCGCAAGACGCCCAGCGAUCUACCUCGGCCAGGCUCUUCAGCAUCGAUGAAAGGACCUCCGCCUCCUAUAGGCAAGAAGCCGCCGCCACUGCCAGCAUCCCGGAAGCCCUCGACUACGCCCAGCCACCCGCCUCCAUUACCUGGAUCGCCAGCUCCAGGAGCACCCCCUCCACCACCUCCAUCGUCUGCUCCAGCACUUCCGUCCGCACCCCCCUCGGCGCCGCCACCACCCCCUGCUGCUGCUGCUCCCAGAGCUCCAGCGCCAUCGCCUCCGUCGAGGUCCCCAGCACCUCCACCUCCUCCACCGGCCUCAAACGGACCUUCGCCGCUGGCAAUGCAAGCCGCUUUACGAGCAGCCGGUCAGGCAUCUCCAAGUGCUGCUCCACCGCCUCCCCCAUCGGUGGCCCCCUCGCCCCCCGCCUCUGCACCUCCUCCACCAACAGCACCCCCUACGAGGGCCCGUGCUGGUUCUGGUCUACGAUCUUCUAUGCUAGAUCCAAGCGCCUUCACGCUUGCUCCCAAUGGUGCAAAGAGUCCAAGUCCUACUCGAACGAACACAAUGAGCAGUCUCAAUGUCGGCGGUGGUGGUCAACGAUACAUCGUACAAGAUCCUCGAUGGAAGUUCCAGGAUGAUGCCAUGUUGCCAAAGCCAAGGGACUUUGUAGGCGGUCCCCGACGAUACAGAGCCGGCAGAGGUAGCAGUGUUCCUCUUGAUCUCAGCGCCCUAUAA